AUGAAGAGCGAAAAUGGAGGAGAAAAUUCUCCUUUAUUGACACCUCCUCACACUCCUGAUUCUGAUGUUUCUUCAACGGAUCAAAGAGAAUAUCAAAAUCGUUGUCAAAAUUCAGCAUUUAGACCGUUUUGUCCGAAUUAUCCCGGUACGGGAAUUCCAUCAUCUCACAAAAUAAUUCCUCCUCUUCCCUACGUUCCCGGAUUUUCGUACCCGUCGAAUUUUUCCACGGCUCUUUUCGUAAAUCAUUGGCUCCGUAACGCAUUUUAUCCCUCACAGACCACUGAUAGAAAUCAUUUAGGAAGUGGAUCAAAUGUCGUUCAACAACAAUCUCCAUCGAAAAUGGGAGGAGUACGUACGGGAUUGCAAAGUGGAAAUCCCGGAAACGGACGGAGUUCAUCGAGGCCGAAAAAACAAUUCAUAUGUAAAUAUUGCAACAGACAAUUUACAAAAUCCUACAAUUUAUUAAUACACGAAAGAACUCACACGGACGAAAGGCCAUAUUCUUGCGACAUAUGUAACAAAGCGUUCAGACGACAGGAUCAUUUAAGAGAUCACAGGUACAUACACAGCAAAGAAAAACCAUUUAAAUGCGGUGAAUGCGGAAAAGGUUUUUGCCAAUCUAGAACAUUAGCCGUACAUAAAAUCCUUCACAUGGAAGAAUCUCCGCACAAGUGUCCAGUUUGCAGCAGAAGCUUCAACCAAAGAUCAAAUUUGAAAACUCAUCUUCUCACUCACACGGAAUACAAACCAUUCGAAUGUUUGGGAUGCACGAAACUAUUUAGAAGAAAUUGCGAUUUGAAAAGGCACGAAAUGACGCAUUGCGAAGAAGAUGGUACCUGUACCGAUGAAGGAGGUAUGGGUCUUUUAGACCUGUCGUUGAGUCGCCAGGAAGAAGCUCCUACUAACAAGGCGGAUCAAAUACCCCCCGUUAAGAAGCAAUUAGGAUUCACAAUAGCCGAAAUAAUGAAACGGUAA